CCCGGCGCUUGACAACUGCCACCGGAUCCAACAAUCCAGCUGGCGCACCUGGUUGUUGCUGCCACCACCGACCCGCCCAGAUUCCCAUAAAACCGGGUCAUUCCUCGCCGCUCCCUUCCUGCCCUUCUCGCCGCAUGCUGGUCAUUCGGCGGCAGUGACGAGCAUUCGCGUAUCGACUUCGGCCGAGCCACCCCAGAGGCUCUUGCUCCGCAGCAGCACGACUCCCACCAGCUCUUCUACUCUUAAUAUCGAGGCCACGCGGAACGGCGCCUGGUGUUUAUUGGGACUGGCAUGCGCAUCGCAGCAUCUUCCUACUAAAUCCAACACGCCGUCCGGCUGCCAUUGACGCGACCCCACGAGACACGGCUACGCGACCAUGGCCGCUACACAGAACGCCGAUCCCGAGACACUGUACACCAAACAAGCAUGCAUUGGCGGAGGCAGCUUCGGAAAGGUCUACAAGGGCGUUGACAAGCGCACGGGGCAGUCGGUGGCUAUCAAGAUUAUCGAUGUUGAGAACGCCGACGACGAGGUGGACGACAUCAUUCAAGAGAUAUCGAUUCUGUCGGGCCUGAACUCGCCCUAUGUCACCAGGUAUUAUGGCUCAUACCUCAAGGGCUCUGAUCUGUGGAUCAUCAUGGAAUUCUGCUCGGGAGGCAGUUGCGGGGACAUGCUGAAGCCAGGAGUCUUGCCCGAGGACUACAUCUGUAUCAUCAUCCGGGAACUACUGCUGGGGCUGGAGUACUUGCACAAUGACGGGAAACUGCAUCGCGAUAUCAAGGCUGCGAACAUUCUGUUGGGCGCGAAUGGGCAAGUCAAAUUGGCGGACUUUGGCGUUUCGGGACAAUUGACUGCGACGAUGACGAAGAAGAAUACCUUCGUGGGCACACCGUUUUGGAUGGCACCGGAAGUCAUCAAGCAGUCUGGAUACGAUCACAAGGCCGACAUCUGGUCGUUGGGCAUUACUGCGUUGGAGCUGGCACUUGGCGAGCCACCUUACAGUGACAUUCAUCCCAUGAAAGUUCUAUUUUUGAUCCCCAAGAACCCAGCGCCGAUCUUGGAGGGGAACUUCAGCAGGGAUUUCAAAGACUUCGUCUGGCGGUGCUUACGAAAAGAGCCCCGAGAACGACCAAGCGCACGAGAACUUCUCAAACACCCUUGGAUACGGAAAGCGAAGCGCACAGCAUAUCUGACAGAGCUCAUCGAAAGACACGAGCGAUGGCAAGCCACCCACCGGGACGACAAGGACAACGAAGAAGAUGAUUACAUCGAAAACUCGCCGUCGCGGCCAGAGGACGAGGAUCUAUGGGACUUUGGCACAGUUCGUCCUGCUGGCAGGCGUGGCAAUGCAGGGACGGCACUACGGCCGGUGAACGAAUCUGGCAUGAAUUCGAGAAGGUCUCACGCGCCGAAUUCACCCACCAGACGGACAGUAUCGAACAAAGAGAAUAUCGAUGGCGACAGUGUAGAACAGCGGGAGACGGGCAAUACGUUGCGAGGCGCAAUGCUGCCACCACCGCUGCCCAAGACACCGUCGCCUACCAAAAAGUCGGCGCUGCCGCCACCAUCCCCUGGCCCUGCUACCAAGGUACCUCUACCGGCGUCACCCACAAGGAAAGCGGUCGCAACAGCACAGCAGACGCCUCCUCGUACGCCUCGUCAAGAACCUGCCCACUCGUCGCCGAAGCCGCCUGUGACGCCUGCCACCCCACGACUUCUGAACGAUGACUUUCUGCAGCAGAGUAUAGCAAGCGACAUGUCUCAAUACAUGAAGGGUCUGGCCAUCAAGGACGAAGACUCAGCCACUCAGCAGGCAGCUCCAUCAACGUCUCGGACGGACAACUCGGCAACCCCUGUGGAGUAUGCACAACCACGAGUGCCUUCGACUGAAAGCAAAGCAGUCAACGAGCUAUAUCAGAAGCCGCUGCCGAGCUUUGCACCACCUGUUCCGACCAAGUCGCAACCGAAGUCGGUGGACGACACUAGUGAUUCUCGUCGUUCCUCCAUCGACUCAGCAUAUCAGACUUCCACUGAUCAAUCUGGUGGUGAUCCACAGGAACAGCAAGUCACGGCCCUGAGCUCUGUCGUGAUCCCAGCACUCGAAGCAGCGCUCCACCGUCGCUCAUAUCAGCUCUCCUUGCUGCAAAGGAAACACAACGCUUCCCAGGCUAGCAGAUCGAACGGGACCACUGCUCAGCCGACGCUCUCUGCGGAGGACCUACAGCUCAAACGCCAAACGCACGAGCAAAUACGAAGGUGUAUGAGUAAAGUCGCGCGCUUGUUCAAAGAUAUCGAUCACCUGGACAGUGCGUCCCCCGUCGGUAUGGGCGAUGGCGUCGAAGGGUUGUUGGAAGGAUUUUUGGAAGAAGUUUUGUGUCGCGUUGAAGCGGAAGAUGCUUGAGACCAGUUCGGGCCAUCUUAUCAUUUGUUGUAUAGAGGCGCGCUGCUGCCAGAGUGCCAUCAACGGUUUUGCUUUUUGUUCUACGCUU